UAGAACAAAGAACAGAGAUCCUUCGGUUUUUCUGACUGAACAAAAUGCAUUUACCCAGCUUCUGCAAGGGGGAGUCUGCAUAAAAAUCUUUUUGGAAAGAAGUGCCAUCAAAGGCCCUCCUCCAGGUGCCUACUCAGAGAGAAGCCCGGAAGGUGACAACGAGAAAAAGGUCCUUCUCAGUGGUGGCCCCCGAACUAUGGAAUACUGUUCCUGAUGAGGUACGCCUGGCGCCGACAUUAUUAUCUUUUCGGCGCCAGUCUUUACGAUUUCAUGUUACUAAGAAAGAUCAACGACGUAUCAUUUUGACAAAAGAACCGAAAUAUGGAGAAGAAAAGGAUUAAAAAUAAAAAUAUCAAGAAACGUGAACAGCUAAAUUUGCCUGAAAAAAUUGAAGACUGGACAAAGGAACAUGUACAACAAUGGGUGAUGGAUGAACUUAAGCUUGAGGAGAAACAUGGUGACAUCCUUUUUCAUCAAGAUGUGACAGGCACCAUUUUGAAGCUCUUGACAAAGCAAGACCUCAAAGAAAUGGGUAUAACCUAUGGCCCAGCUUGCCAAAUAAUGCAUGCACUAAAAAAAAUGGUUAAGCCAGGUGAAGACCCUAGCAAAGAUUUUGGGCAUGAACAUAGCACAGGGCCUCUUGAUACUGACUCUUCCAUUAAAAAUAAAAAUGGAGGAGCAAUGGAAGAAAAUGGCAAAAGGAAUUCAGCUAGUGAUAAUGAACAACCAGUAUUUGCGAGAUCUGAAUGCACUGAGCCACCAGAAUCUGUACUUCAAGAAACAACAAAAAAUACGGUUCACCAAGGAAAUGGAAACAAUCAACUUCCAACCAGACAAACUUGUCUACCCUAUCCUUUUGAUGAGUUUCACAACAGCCAUCGUUAUAUUCAACAGUAUGUUCUCCAUAUACCUGAAACAGGGCCGCUGAAUCUUAUUGAUCCAGUCCAUGAAUUUAAACUCUUUACAAACACAAAGAAUGCAACAGAGGAAGAUCUGAAGAUGAAAUUUGGCAAUGAGAUUUUUAGAUUUGCUGCAGCAUGCAUGAACUCCCGCACCAAUGGUACUAUCCACUUAGGAGUCCGAGACAAUCCUCAUGGGGAAAUUGUUGGAGUGAAAGUCCAAAAUAAAGAGAAAUAUAUUAGUUAUUUUGACUCAAUGUUAAAGCAAUAUUUUGGAAAUGCUGUCAUUGGUGUUGCAAAAGAUUGCAUUAGGAAACCUAGGUUUGUGGAAGUAUUGCAGCAAAACAGCAUUCCAUCAGAAACAUUUGUUAUUGAAAUUGAUGUUGUUCCAAAAUACUCUAGUUGUCAAUCUAAAUAUUUCCCUACUAAGAGUUACAAUUUUAAGACUAAAGAAUGGGAGUCAAGUUUAUUUAUAAGAGAUGGUGCUUCUUCCAAAAACCUCCUGAAAUCUAAUGAUAAAACACAGUAUAAGUCAUUUAUGUCAAAACUGGAUAAAUUAGCAGAGGACAGAAAAGAAGCGGAGGGAAAACAUGGAGAAAAAAGGAGGACCAUAGAUGGGGAAGGUCAGAAGCUGGUGAGCUUGCUCACAGGCAACAGAGACUUGCUAGAUAACUCAUAUUAUAACUGGUAUAUUUUGGUCACAAACAAAUGCCAUCCACAUCAGACACAACAUAUAAACUUCUUGCAGGAAAUAAAGUUAUUUGCUGUUCUAGAGUUUGAUCCAGAGUCAGCAAGCAAUGGUGUCGUCAGAGCAUUCAGAGAAAACAGAGCUGCCAAUCUUCAUUUUCCAAAGCAGUACCAGAAGCCUGGGAAUUCAUCUUCUGAAACAAUUGAAGAAUUGAAUCUCUAUCAGCAGCCAAGCUGGAUUUUCUGCAAUGGUAGAUCAGACCUGAACAGUGAAGCAUAUCAGCCCUUGAGUCCUAGACUCUGGCAGCAACAGAAGGCCGCUGAGGUUAGGAAACUGAUCUCAUUUCUAUCCCAUCCAGAUAUAAUGCAAAGAGGAAAAUUUUUGGUGAUAUUUCUCUUGCUCUCAAAAGUGGAAGAUCCAGGUGAUCCCAUGAUAGAAGCUUUUUGUGCAUUUUAUCAAGAACUUAAAGGACUUGAUGAUAUGCUGUGUAUAUGUAUUGGGGCACAAACAUACCUUCGCUGGAAAGAUCUGUUGCAAGCCAGAUUUAUUGAAGUAGACCCACUAGCAAAUAGGUGCAUAUCUCACUUGAGCCUGUCAAUGGUGAAUGGUACAAUCCAAAAACUAAAAUCGGUGACCCAAACUUCUCAGAGGCUUUUGCCAUCAAAAGGGUUUUCUUCUACAAUUCUCUCAAAGAAAGAAGAGGACUUCAUGACUGCAUUGGAAAUACUAUGCGAAAAUGAAUGCAAAGACACAGAAAUUGAGAAGGAUAAAGAACGAUUUUCUGAAUUUAAAAAAUCCCAAGAAGAACAUUUUUAUCGUGGUGGGAAAGUGUCUUGGUGGAACUUUUAUUUCUCCUCUGAAAACUACUGUUUACCUUUUAUUAAACGGGAUGCAUAUGAAAAGCUUGAAUAUCUGAUUGAGUCUCAGUCCCCUAAAAUGUCACCCACAAAAAUUAUCAAUCUUUAUCAUCAUCCAGGCUGUGGUGGUACUACUUUAGCUAUGCAUAUUCUCUGGGAACUGAGAAAGAAAUUUAGAUGUGCUGUUCUGAAAAAUAAAACAGUUGAUUUUGGAGAAAUUGGAACACAAUUGACCACUUUAUUAACUUAUGGGACAGCAAACAAGUUUGAUUAUUUGCCAGUACUGCUACUUGUAGAUGACUUUGAAGAGCAAGAAAAUGUUUCCCUGCUAGAGAAUGCUGUCCAAAAAGCUGUAGCAGAAAAGAGAAUUAUGUAUGAAAAUCCUCUAGUCAUCAUCUUAAAUUGUAUGAGAUCCCAGAAUCCUGGGGAAAGCUCAAAGAGCAACAGUCUGAACAGCAUUGCACUGAAACAAAAACUAUCUCUGAAAGAACAAAGGGCCUUUGAGGAAAAACUGAAAGAAAUUGAAGAGCAGUAUGAUCAUCCUGAAGAUUUUUAUUCAUUUAUGAUUAUGAAAAAGAAUUUUGAUCAGCAGUACAUAGAGAAUGUAGUCAAGAACACCCUGAAAGGUUUUGAUACUACAAGCAAGCGAGCUCAACUUAUUUCCUUUCUGGCACUAUUAAAUUCUUAUGUCACAGAGUCAACAAUCUCAGUAUCGCAAUGUGAGGAAUUUUUGGGAAUAAGUACUAAAAAGGCUUAUUGGGGUACAGAAAGCUUAGAUGACAAAAUGGGAAAUUGUUCCAACAUUAUAAUACAAACUGAAGUGCAAGAACGUGGACGGUACAAAGGGGUCCGUAUCAGUCACUCACUGAUUGCCGGACAAUGCUUAGAAGAGUUUAAACAAACGUACAAAUUGACAAAAAGUGAGAUUACACUUUUGUUGUUAAGAGAAAGUUUACUGUAUGACACAGGCAUAGGAAGGGACAAACUUCAGCAGGAUGUGCAAAGCAUGCUGCUUACAAGGCACCGAAAGGAACACGGAGAUGAUACAGACACGUUGUUUUCUCCGUUAAUUGAAGCAAUUCAAAAAGAAGAAAGGGGUACGGAAGUUGAAAAGAUAUUGACUGAGGGGACUCGUCGAUUCAGCCAAAAUGUAUUUAUCAGUCAAGCCUUAGCAAGACAUUUCUACAUCAAGGAGAAAAAAUUUAACCAUGCACUGGAGUGGGCUAGAAAAGCUAAAAAAGGUGCCCCUAACAACUCAUACAUAUCAGACACUUUGGGUCAAGUUUAUAAAAGUGAGAUAAAGCAUUGGCUGGAAGAAAAUGCAGAGAAAUCUAUAAUAACUGUGGAAAUUUUGAAACAUUUGUUGAAUCUUGCCAAGUGUGCCGCAGAUGCAUUUAAAGAAUCUCAACAACAAACAGAAAAUAAAGACAGUGAAAGAGAAUUUUUUCAAAAUAUAAAAUACAAGAGAAGAUAUGAAAUGUACAAUACAUCUGGUUAUUUAGGAGAAAUAGAAACUGGUCUAUACACUAUAGAAAUUAUUGAAUCUACACCUUUCUUCAACAAAAAAGAUGAACUCUCUAGAAAACAUAUAGUGCACUUCUUGUCAGGAAAUGGGGGUAUCCCAAAAGCCACUGGCAAUACAGAGAGUGAAGAAUACAGGCUGACAUUGGAAGAGUAUGCUAAUUAUUUAAGUAAUUUGCAAGCAAAUUUGAAAAAAGCAUUUGACUUUUUUGAGAACUACUUUGUUUUUUUGAAGCCAAAGAAUCCCGAAAAAGAAAUUGUGGAGCUCAAAAUACGGAGGAAAGUUCAAGAAUUUUUCAAAAAGUAUGCAGAAGUAUUUUGCCACUCUGAUUUUGACUGGUUAAUGAACUCAAAACUGAGCUCAUCUUUGCAGGGCGAAAAUUACAGGAAGAGUUUAGAAGCUUCUAAAGCUGACAAGUUUUCUGGAAUUUUGGAAUAUCUUAGCAAUCACGAAAAUGCUACAAGCAGAAUGGAGGACAUAGUGAAAAAGUAUACAGUUUUGCUUGAUCAGAACUCUACCAAAUCUCUGCAGAGGGACAAACUGAAUUUUAUCUUGGCCAACAUUGUUCUCCGUUGCCUCAAUCCCAAAUCCAAGAUGGUACAAUCUUUUCUAGAACUGAAAGAACAGCUUAGAACAAUUUUACAGGCUGUAGGCCUAGAGUAUCGAUUUUCAGAACCAUACUUCUUGGCUUCUUUAUUGUUCUGGCCUGAAAAUCAAAAGCAACUGGAUAAAGAUUCUAAACAAAUGGAAAAAUUUCUCAAUUCGCUGAAGAAGGCAUUUAACGGGCAGUAUUGGCAAAUGUGCCGUUCCAAACAACCUAUAGCAUUUUUCUACCUCGGGAAAGGAAGCAAUCUGAACAAAUUUGUUCAUAAAGGAAAAAUUGAUCAAUCUGUUACUACCAAGAGUAGGACCACUGCAAGGCAUAGGAUGAGUGAUGAGCUGAGUGCCCUGUGGCAGAGUGGAGAGAUAUGGAAAACAGAGAACGCCAAACAUCUUUUGCUUCGGCUGAAUGGCAAGGCUGAAGAUAAUCUUGUCUAUGUGGAUUAUGGUAUUGAUGAAGACAUCAGAAUACCAGCACGGCCUGUUUUCUUAGGCCAGUUAAAGAGUGGUCGUAGCAUAGAACGAGUAUCCUUUUACUUGGGGUUUUCCAUUGGAGGCUUGAUAGCCUAUGACAUUGAAAUCAUUUAACUGUUUCUGAAAAUACAUUCCUUUGUACUGUAAAUUUAAUGUUAUCAUUCCGUUGUCUACAGUGGCAAGAGAUACAUGACAUCGCACCCGACCACUAGAUAUAGUGGGUUUGAACAUAUUGGGUUGUAUCCAACUAAGUUCUAUUUAGAGUAGACACAUUGAAAUUAAUUGACCUAAGUUAGUCACAUCUAUUAAUGACUACGCUGAGAAUUAGCUUUAGAUACAACUCUGUUUGCAAGGACCUCUUCUAAACGCGAAGUAUGGUCCACAUCCGUUCCCUUGUUUCAGCAAAGUAAACGGCUUUGGGUAUAUUUACAAAGCUGCUGUUUCCAAUCAUUGUUACGGCUGUGACUAAUAAAUAGGAGGUCAGUAGCCACUCAGAAAAGUAAUCUCUCUGUCUAGUUGAGCCAUUAACUCAUACUUCUCUGAGACUGGUACUUUAUUCAGCACUCAACUGAUCUGGGAAGCUAAGCAGAGUCAAGCCUGGUUAGUACUUGGAUGGGAGACUGUGAUGUUCCUAUAUAUUAAUGUAUAUAUGGUAAGUGCUGGUUGUUUAGAGUAUACAUGGUAAGUAGUGAAAGAGGAGGGGGAGUGAAUGGGCAAUAGAAUGCUUGAUGAUUGGCUGAAUGUUUAAAAUGGCUGACAGUAUAAAUGAAAGGAUGACAGGUAAAUCUGGGUGAAUGUGAGGUGGUGAAUUGUGGAAUCUGGGGGGAGAAGAGAAAGAGUGGAUUGCUUGGUGGGGUUUGAGAGAGUUGUUUGCCAGGAGAGAGUGAAGAAG